CUAAAAGCACAAACCAGAAUCCAUUUGAAAGGCCAAGAUGGGUUUUCCAAUGGCUUCUCUAAGUCUCGUUCUGGUUUUAGUGUCUCUGAGCUUGCCAUCUCAAAUCUGUGCUGACUACGUUUACUCAUCUCCUCCACCUCCCAAGAAGUAUCCUCCACUGUCUCCUCCCUACCACUACGCAUCCCCGCCUCCUCCGGUGUACUCGCCGCCACCUCCCAAGCACCCUUAUCACUACGCUUCUCCUCCACCACCAACUUACUCUCCCCCUAAGAAACCCUACCACUACCCUUCACCACCACCUCCUCCCAAGAAGCCCUAUCACUACACUUCCCCUCCACCACCAACUUACUCUCCUCCCAAGCAUCCCUAUCACUACCCUUCUCCACCACCACCAACUUACUCUCCUCCAAAGAAGCCCUAUCACUAUGCUUCUCCUCCACCACCCACUUACUCUCCUCCCAAGCAUCCUUACCAUUAUCCUUCUCCUCCUCCUCCAAAGAAGCCCUACCAUUAUUCUUCUCCUCCACCACCAGUUUACUCUCCUCCCAAGCAUCCCUACCAUUAUCCUUCUCCUCCUCCUCCAAAGAAGCCCUACCAUUAUUCUUCUCCUCCACCACCAGUUUACUCUCCUCCCAAGCAUCCCUACCAUUAUCCUUCUCCUCCUCCUCCAAAGAAGCCCUACCAUUAUUCUUCUCCUCCACCACCAGUUUACACUCCCCCAAGCAUCUACCAUUACCCGUCUCCGCCGCCGCCCAAGGCUCCUUACCACUAUGCAUCUCCUCCGCCUCCGACCCCCGUCUAUUCCCCUCCUCACAAGCCCUAUGUCUAUGCUUCGCCACCCCCUCCUUAUCACUACUAGAUACCGGCUUUGCAUCUCACUCACUGUAAGCUUCU